AUGGCCGCCCGUAUAUUAAAUGGCAACGAAAUUGCUGCCGACCUGCGUGCUGAAGUGGCCGAAGGCGUGACGAGUCUGGUGGCGUCCGGCGGGCCGCAACCCGGCCUGGCGGCGGUGCUGGUUGGAGAUGACGCGGCGUCGGCAGUGUACGUUCGCAACAAGGGACGCGCCUGCUCCGAGGCUGGAAUGCACUCGGAGACCUUUCACCUGCCCGCCGAUACGGGGCAAGCCGAUCUGAUGGACCUGAUUGCCGGCCUCAACGCGGACAACAGAUUCCACGGCAUCCUGGUACAGCUGCCAUUGCCCGACCAGAUUGACGAAGCGACGAUCAUCGAGAGCAUAGCACCGGCCAAGGACGUGGACGGUUUGCACCCCAUCAGCCAGGGCCGGAUGCUGCAGGGUCAACCGACGUUCCUGCCCUGUACCCCGGCCGGAGUGCAGCAGGUGCUGUUGCGGUCGGGAUACGAUCCGGCUGGCAAGCACGUGGUGAUUGUGGGCCGCAGCAAUAUUGUGGGGAAGCCCCUCGCGGCACUGCUGAUGCAGCGCAACCCGGGAGGCAACGCGACGGUAACCGUGUGCCACACGCGGACGCGAGACCUGCCCGACAUCACCCGCCAGGCCGACAUUCUGGUUGCGGCCAUGGGCGUCCCGGGGGCGGUUACGGCGGACAUGGUGCGGGAAGGGGCGGUUGUCAUCGAUGUUGGCAUCAACCGGGUGGACGAUGCUUCCCGCCGCCGGGGAUACCGGCUGGUGGGCGACGUUGACUACGAUGCCGUGGCGGCCAAGGCGGAAGCCAUCACACCGGUGCCCGGCGGCAUUGGCCCCAUGACCAUCGCCCUGCUGCUGAGCAACACGCUGGACGCCGCCCGCCGUACCGUCUCAGUCUGA